AUGGUCAAUACUACUACCGUAGCGGGACUCGUCGGUGUUGUUCUUUUGGUCCGUCACGGCGACAGCACGACAUACUACCAAGACCCAAAUACAUACAACUCCACCCAAUCAUACAUUACCCCUCUUGGGGAGCAACAAGAAUAUGAACUCGGAAGCUUCCUUCGUAGUACAUAUCUCAAUCCCGAUUCGCCGUCUUUCAUCCAGAAUAUCAGCACUGAGGUGGUAAACGUCGAUCAGCUGGCAGUCCGUGCAGACGCCGGUGGAGGAAAUGGCAUCCUGAACUCCGCGUAUGCUCUGCUUCAGGGUCUCUACCCAGCGACACGACAGUCAGAGAUAACUUUGGCGAAUGGUACAAAUGUCCUCCCUCCUCUUGGGGGAUACCAAUAUGUUCCAGGCAAGUCAGUCACAGCUACUCUGCAAUCUUUGGAGUAUUGGCAGAGUCCGUCUCUCACGAGCUGGAUGGAGUGCGAGUAUUUCCAAGAUCAUCUAAUCCGACUUUACGCUUCGACUUCAUUCAUAAACAUGUCCACCACUGCCGCGCCCUUCCUGACUGCAUUAAAGCCUUACUUGGGGGGCGUCAGUAACAACUUCACGAACAUGAUAUACGACCAUGUCAAUUUCCAGUACACUUAUAAUAAGACCUAUUACGAGACCCUACCUCCCACUUUCCUCGAGCAAGCUCGCUAUUAUGCCGAUUUUGUCCAACGCAAUGUCUUCACCGAUUCUACGCCAAGUAGCAUCGGACAAGUUGCCAUUCGCACACUCUUCCCGGAGAUCUUCUGGGCUUUGGGCAACAUGACAUUGGCAUCCAACAAAGUCAAGAUGAAUAUUCAGGAAGUCGAUUACAAGCCAUUCAUCAGUCUGUUUAACGUCACCAACGCUACCCUGACUAAUCCCAACAUUGGUGGUAUCCCCAACGAUGCUUCUGUCGUUGCCCUCGAGUUGUCAAAGAACUCACAGGGUCAGUACGAGAUCGGCAUGAAGUUCAAGAACGGCACUGAGGAUAGUCAAUUCACUCAACUUGAGAUAUUCGGCAACACAAGCAUCGCCCUUAACAGUUUCACGCAAACACUUAUUGACACUACGAUUCCGAUCAACUCUACUAAUAACUGGUGCUUCUCCUGCAAUCAGACUAUCGAGCGCGGAUGCUCUGUCUUUAACUACAGUAACGACCCCUUCUUGAAUGGUGUUGGUACUGGUUAUACGGGCUAG